UUUUGGUUUCAAACGAAUCGCAAGUUUGAGUUUUGUUUUUUAUUUAAUUCAAAUUUUGUUUAAACGCACACACACACCUAAAAAGAUGAUAAAGUUUUUAAAUUUUUUUGUUAUAAAUUGUAUUUUAUUGUUCGCAUAUUGUUUAUGUUAUGAAGUACCUAGUGUUAAACUAAAUUUAUUAGAUAAAGGAUUUUCUCUAUCUAUACCAGAUGAACCUGGCCUAAAACAAGUGUUUUACAUUGUCAAACUUAACGAUGAAUGUCCCACCCUAAUGGACAUAGUCUUUGUUCCCAAACCCGACUGGACAACGACACAAACCUCCAAAGAUCUUAAGCCGCAAGAUAAGCUAAACAUUUCAUUAUUAGUAAAUCAUCAGGGAGAAGCCGUCAAGUCCUACCAGUAUCUAGUAGUGGGAGAAAAUGACAGCGGCAUUAAGGCGGCGGCACCGCCUACAAAACACAGCAGCAAUUGUGAUGACACUAUGAUAGAGGUGAAAUGUGAUGAAGCCCAAACUGUUGUUUUGGGCAUGACACAUUUGUGCCAAGGCCAAUUGUUAUUCGAGGACAAUUUCGCCAAUACUCAACUGAAUACGAAGAAAUGGUCGUACGACAUAAGACAUCGUUUGAUUGGCACUGAAUCCGAAGAAUUUGUUUUAUUCGAUAAUUAUCGUGAAAAUAUUUUCAUACAUGACGGCUAUUUGAAUAUACGACCCACGUUGACACAAGAGCCCAUGAAACAAGCUAAAUUGGACUUUGGUUCACGGUGUACGCCGGUCUUUAAUCGCAAAAAGGAAUGUGAACUAAUGCCUCAGUCGCCAUUUUUAUUUGUGCCUCCAUUUAAUUCUUCACAAAUCUAUACAUCAAAUACAUUUCAAUUUAAAUACGGGAGAAUUGAAAUUAGAGCGAAGCUGCCAAAGGGAGAAUGGAUAUUACCGUAUAUAAUGUUACAAAACUAUGGCGUUCACGAUGAAAAACAAAUACAUAUUGCCUUUGCCCGCGGCAAUGAAGAACUAUUGACCACCAAUAAUUUAGAUCUAAGUGGUAAAGUAUUAUAUGCUGGCAUUGUUAGAGAUGUGGAGAAUAAUAAUAGAGACUUUAAACAAAAAUCAUCGGGCGAACAUUAUGGCAAUGAUUUUCAUAUCUAUACAUUAAACUGGAAAUCAAAUGAAAUUACCAUGGAAGUGGAUGGUGUUCAGUAUGGCACGAUAACGGACAAUUUAGAUGAGUUUAAUAAAUUUUUCUUUAUUACUUUUGGCGUUUCUGUGGGCGGUCAUCAUCAAUUUCCCGAUAAUUUACAGCAGCCAAAUAAUAAACCCUGGUCUAAUACCUCACCUAGAUCGAUACGUGAUUUCUGGCAGUACGUUAACAACAACAAAAUGCUAUGGUCCGGUAAUGAAACUUUACAAAUCGAUUAUGUGAAAGUAUAUGCUGUGUAAAAUCAUUUACUUAAAUAUUUGUGAUACUUAAAUUUAAAAUAAAAUUUAAUGAUUAGAUUUUAAA